AUGCUGCUCACCUUGUUUACACUCACACUGAUCGUGAUAUCCUUGCAAGGAAUGCAAAUAGACUUCGAACGAUUCGAACUGCUCUCGGGGUUCGAUUACUAUAACAGUACGGUACGAGUGCGUAAGUACAACCGCACAGUAGUAAUGCUCAACGGUACAUUGGAUGUUCUUGCAACACUCAACAAAAGCUUAAUUAUAUCGACCGAUUUGUUCCAUAGCAGUCUUGGAAAUCAACAGUUCAACCACUAUCCGGUAAAGCUUCCCACCACAGACGUAUGUGAGUUUAUGAUCAACUUACACGCCGAUUACCAAGAGUACUUGCAGGAUAUAAUCAACAUACCUAAGGCAGGCGAAUGUCCAAUCCUACCACGUACUGUCUACAUCAAGAAUAUGGUCUUUCCGACCAAAGCGGUGCCGCCCUUUUUCCCACCGGGCCUCUGGAAGGUUUUCAUUAUUUCUUCGCUGAACGAUGUCGAGGUGAUUCGCUUCGAAAUGAUUAUCAAGGCUAAAAAUGAUUUUUUUUAG